AUGAGUGCACUGCAUCUUGCAGCAUUCAAUGGUCACGAACAGGAGGUACAUUCUGCACUUCGUGUGAACAAAAGUGAUAUCAAUGUACCUGAUGAUACAACAACAUACCCGGUCAUGUGGGCUUCAUCCAAUGGACAUGAUAGAAUCGUGGGAUUUCUGCUGGAGCAAGGAGCCGACUACAAAUCCUCCAAUCUAGAGCCUGAGUCCAUUUGGAGAGAAUUUCCCAAUAUGCCCACACCGCCACCUUGCCCCGCAGAAAAUGGUAGCUCUCCGUGCUCAAACCAACCAAUCAGCGGAUGCUUCAGAUGUGUCUUCUACCCUAGCUAUGAGAAGUUCUGCGCCUUCAGCUGGACUGGGCCGGAUCCGUUAUCCCACGACACGUGCGCCGAUGCUAUUUUCCUUUAUGUAUCCGCGUUUUUGCUUUUUGAGCGGGUGAACUGGAUAGAACCCCGACUCAAUAAGCUCAGUACGGAGACUAAAGAGGCUGUCGAAGAGUAUCCGUUCUUCCUUCCACGGGUUGAGUCAAUGCUGGGCAACUUACGAAGGAUACGUGGUCAAAUAAGUGACAUUCUCUCGCAACAUUCUACUAUGGGAAACCCGCGGGUAGAGGUCACAGACAGUUCCUCGAUGUGGGAUUCGGUUCUAUUAUCUCGCAUUCACCCUUCUACGUCUAUGCUAUUUCUUGAUCCACAAGUCUUUGUGCAGAAUAUAGUGGGAAACUAG